AUGGACACGGCGGUAGCAAAUCCGUUGAGCAGGAAGAUCAAAAAGAUCUUGGAUAUGAAGCUAGACUCGGAUAAGGAGCUCAUCGAAGCAAUGAAAUCGCUCUCCACCUUUUUCGGAGAGAAUAAUCUCCGAAACCGUAAAAAUCUGAGGUCUGUUAUCGAAAGAAGAGGAUUGAAAAUCAACCAAGAGUUCUUGAAUGAUUACAGAAUCCUCAAGGAGCAGAUUGAUCAAGUCACACAAGAAGUUCAAGGAAUGAGCCAGUGCUGUGAAGAAAUGUCAGAAAGACUCAAAAUAGCGAAAACUCAAACCGCGAGCUUGAUUUCCAACACAUCGGAAUUGCGAAAAGAAGGUCGAAUUAUCGAAAUGCGACAACAAGCAGCCUCUACUUUUAUCGAAAAAUUCCAGCUGACAAGCGUACAGUUUCAGACUCUUCGAGCCGGGCCAAAUGAGCCGCUAAAUGAAGAAUUUUUCACGGCGCUUGAUCGUGUUCAAGAAAUUCAUUCCAAAGUAAAAGUUCUGCUUCGAUCGAAUCAGCAAACAGCCGGUCUGGAAAUUAUGGAGGAAAUGGCUCUUUUCCAAGAAGCUGGUUACGAACGACUCUAUCGCUGGGGCCAAACUCAGACCAGAUCACUCACUAGCGAAGAAAUCGAAGUCAACUCAACCCUGCAACGCGCUAUGAAAGCACUUUCUGACAGAGCUGUUCUUUUCCGAUACACACUUGACGAAUACGCCAACGCCAGAAAAUCAACUACUGUCAGAGGCUUUAUUGAAGCUCUAACUCGCGGCUCGCGAGAUCAAGCUCAACCUCGUCCGAUCGAGCUCCAUUCGCACGACCCUCUUAGAUACGUCGGCGACAUGGCUGCUUGGAUCCAUCAAUGCGCUGCUACAGAGCGAGAAAACUUCAACCAACUUGUCAAGCAGUGCCCAGAGCAUCUUGUAGCUCCUCAUCGGCGCGAUAUGAUGUUGAAAAUUCUCGAAGGAGUUUGUCGACCACUGAAGAUUCGUCUGGAACAGAUUCUCGUCGCCGAACCUGGGCCAGUUGCACUUUACAAGUUAUCGAACUUGCUUCAGUUUUACCAACGCACCAUUAGUCAAAUCGUCAACACUGCAUCUGCACCAACAAAACUCGAUGAAAAAUCGACGGCGGAAAAGUUCGAGCAUGACAUUUUAGAGACUCUGAACGAACUCCAAGAGCUCUGCAAGAAAAUGUUCUUCAACUCGCUGACGUUUAUGUCGCAAAAAUUUACUUCAAAUGUUGCCGCUCCCCCAACAGAUUUGGGUUGUAAUCAAACGCUGACUUCUGCGCUCAAGUUGUUGCGAGACAUUUUGUCUAUUCAAGACGGAAAUGUGGCACCGAUGGAGAAUCGAAAGAAGGACUUUCAGACGGUUCUUACCACUAUUUUAGAUCCACUUUUGCAAAACUGCCAGCUGUCUGCAAGCCAUCUCUCCAUGGCAGAUAUGUCGACUUACAUGAUCAACUCGUUGCAAUCCAUCGUCAACACACUUUCAUUUUACGAGUUUGGAGUUGAACAUCGGCUUGAAAUGCUUCAAGGUCAAAUCGAUGCUCACGCUUCAACUUUAUCUAAUGAGCAAGCUGCGUUUAUUCUGACCCGAGGAGGAAUUGCCACGAUUUAUGCGACUUGUGAUCGAUACAAGCCCGAAUCGGAAGAAAAGCUCUCCAGUAUGCCUGGUUUGGAUCAAGAAAGCUUGACGACAGGCCUGUCACAGUUCGAAUCUUACUUAUCCAACCCCGAUGUUCACCAACUUCCACAGUUCAACCUCCUCAACUCGCCGAUCAUCCGAAACAACAUCCUCAAAGCGAGCCAGGAGCUGGUCUUUGCCUCCUAUCUGACAGUUUACAAAGCGCUAGAAUCGACAGAUUGCUACGACAACAAAGAAAUUCUGCUCCGAAGAACUCCUGAUCAGAUAAAACGUUUACUCUGUUAG